AUGUCAAACAGUCACAGUUUUCAAGGGCGCACACGGAAAUUAUCUGGAUGGGUCAAAAGGAUCAUUCAACCUGCAAGAGAGCCAAAUAAUGCCAAUACUGUUGUGUCCGAGAAACAUUUCAAGAAUGAUUUAGAGGCCAAUAAAGCAGGUUUAGUGGAGGCAACCAAGAGGGUGUCUGAUAAUGACAUUUCCGCUGUUAAUAAAGAAACACCGAAAGGCAAAGUAUUAUGGGAUGAAACACCUAAGAGGUUCAAACAACGCGAUGUUGAGCGUGAAAGGGAUGAUAUGGAAACUGUAGAUAACGUUAGCAUAACGCCUUUGUUUUCUCUUUGCUCUUCAUCAGUCAAAUCUUCAACAUUUUCAGAUGCGCAUUCCCUACAAUCAACAAGAGCUACAGUGCUCUCCGGGAGAACAAUGGACACAAAUUCAAGUACCAUGGCGAUACCUCCAGCAAGCAUUCUUGACAGGGGCCGCGUUUCUUCCGGAGCUACUACGAUUCCUUCUUCGUCAUCUACAAGUGCGCCCACAUCGAUUCACAUUCCAGGUUCGAGUAGUCAUCGGUCCCGUCCAAACAGCUUACGACCUAAUUACAUGCAAAGAGAUGCUAGCAGUCCUACUAUAGACUCGGUGUCGACCAUCAAAUAG